AUGGCGCCUCUCGCGACCGCUGCGGCCUGUGUCCACCCCACGGCCGCUGCCCAAGCCCUACCUGCCCCCCGUUUCGAAACCCACAUACCCGAGACCUCAGACGAGGAUUUGGUAUCAGUAGUCGCGGAAUCUCAUAUCGACAUCUGGCAUGUAUUCGCCACGCAAUUCCUUGGACCGUUGGGAAAAGUCUCUUCGCUCUACUUCUGGGCAAUCCGUCGCCAAAAAGGCAGGACCUCCAUCAAGGACAGCUCCUCCACUAGGGUCAAAUCCUCCACUAAUGGCGAGCCUUCCGUCAAAAACAAGCUCUCUGUCAAAAACAAGUUCUCAAUCAAGGGCAAGCUCACCAUCAAGAGAAAGCACUCUUUCAAGGACAAGCCCUCAAAAGAUGCUGAAGAAGAGUCGAUGGCGGAGGAAGACACAUCACAAAGUGGCUUAGAUGACGACGCUCCAACCCGUUCACCACUUCCAACUAGAAGCUGCAGUCGGAACUCGCGUCUGACUGGUCUGGCGUACGAUUUGGACGACACCCACGGUACCAAGGCACCCAACGGAUUUUUAAACUCGGCGGCCGUCAAUCGCAUCGACGAUUCCGACUACGUUCGGCCUCAAAGAUUCACCCUAUCACCCGAGGAGAGGUUGCAUAAAAUUAUUCAAGGAGCUUCUAUGCACGAUGGCAGAAAGCUGACUUCCGGGACGGAUCCAUUUACCAAGCGAGUCGUCGAUGCAUUGGAUCCGCACCCCCAUCAAUGCCUUGUGACAAGGCAACUGGACACAGAAAUCGAGGUAGAGUACUGCCACUUCCUUCCUCAAUGCGAUAGCAAAGACAACGGCUUUCUCACUAGACUUGAGCACGCCCUGGGAAUAGGCUACAAAAAGCUCAACAUCGACGAUGCUAGAAACGUCGCGAGGUUACUCAUCUCGAUUCACCGAUACGUUGACAAACAGCGCGCUAUGUUCCUGCCCACGCCAGAAAUAGUUAAUCGCAUUUCACAUAAUCACGAAAUUGGCCACGACAUUCGCAACAUAUACGAACCAGGGGAAGCUUUUGAGUAUCGAUUCUUGCCGCUUCCUGGAAACCCAACCUCGGACAUCGUCCACUACCAGCGAACUGACAAGGGCGAACAGUCUCAGACUCCGGCACCCGUGACUACCAAGGUAUUAUAUCCGCAUCCAUUCUAUGACUUACCUGCGGUCUACUCUCACGUAGAACCGCAUUAUGUCAUUAUCAAUGCUGCAAGGAAAUUGAAGGACCUCGAUCUGUCUCAGUUCGAAGAGUUACAGACGACUGUGUCAGUACCAAAGGAAUUUAUCAACCCCCAGGUCAAGGAGGUCGGGGAGGAUCAGGAUCAAGAUCAGGAUCAAGAUCAGGAUGGGAUCAACGGCACAGAUGAGAUGGAUAUUAGGAUUGGGACGAGAACCCACCGUGGGCCUUGGAAAGCUGUCAAAGGUUUUCUCGGUCUCAACACAAAGCGCGAGCGCUCGAGUCCGACACCCUCUGAGGUUGAUGCGGAAACAAACUUCAAAUCCCUGAAAACUGCCGCAGGAUCUAUCGCCGACCUACUUAUUUUAUCACGGCAAGACAUCCAAAUUACCAAGGCAAGAUAUAUCAAACUGCUUCAAUAUGAGCUUGUGUCGGACAAGUGGGACGUCGCGAAGUAUGUUUGUGGUUCGCAUCAAGGCUGA